AUGACACAAUUAUUAGCCACUGCUAAUGAGCAUGCAUUAACCCAAGCUAAUGACUUUAUUAAAGCCAAUAAUAAAGGAAGAGCUUUAAAUAUCUUAAGAGAUUUAUUAAUUGAACGUAGUCAAUGGCAUUCAAGUUUAGAACAAGUUAUGUCAUUAUAUGUUUCAUUAUGUGCUGAAAAUUUAGAUUAUCAAUCAUUAAGAGAUGGUAUUCAUCAUUACAAAGCCUCAAUUACCUCACAAAAAGAAUUUUCACUUGCCCCAUUUGAAAACAUCUUAAAAGAAAUUACUUCACCAAUUGAAGCUAAAAUUGACGAAAUGAAAGAAAGUCUCGAUAAAACCAGUGCUGCUGAAGAACAAACCGAUCUUAUCACUUUAAUUGAUCCACAACAAACUGUAUUGUUCUCAUACAUGAAAUAUUUAUUCGAAGCCUACAAAUCAAUGAUUGAAGUUUUAACUAGACCAAAUAUUAAAUUUGAACAUGCCAAAUUUGAUCAUUCAAAAUUCGACCCAAUUUUAUUAAAAAUCUCAAUUCAAGCAUUAAACUAUUGUUUGAAAUACCAAAGAAAACCAGAUUUCAUGGUUUUAACAGAAACUUUUAGAUCAAGCAUUGAAGCUUUAUUCAAAGCCCCAUCAUUAGAUACAGUCAACACCCAUAUCGAAAUUCGUUUCCAUCAAUUAAGUGUUGCAAUUUCAUUAGGUUUAUAUAACAUUGCCUACAAAUCAAUUGAAGAUAUCAACAUUAUGAUCUUCUCAUUAUUGGCUAAACCAAAACCAGUCGUUUUAGCUACCUAUUUCCAAAAAUUAGCUCAAGUUUAUUGGAUUACCAAUGCUCACUUACUUCAUGCUUAUGCUCUCUACAAACACUUUUUCUACAACAAGAAUUACAAUAUGAACUUUAGCCCAGAAGACACCCAAUUAUAUUCAAGUGUUUUAUUAGUUGCUGCUCUUUCAUCACCAAUUCAAGAAAACAAUACCAACAACUCACUCUUACAAUUCGACUCACAAUCACAAAGAGCUAUGGGUUUAGCUUCACUCCUUUCACUCCAAUCAAUUCCAAGACGUGAAACUUUCCUCCAAGAUGUUCGUAAAGUCACCGGUGAUGUUUAUCCAGAACUUGCUGAUUUAUUCUCAAUCUUUGAAAAGAAGAGUUCACCAUUAAUGUUUGCCAAGCUCCUUGAACCAAAGAUUAAAUUCAUUGAAUCACAUGCUCAACUUUCACAAUACUUAAAACCAUUCCUCCGUGUUGUCUUCACCAAGAUCACCCUUCAAGUUAGCAAAGUUUAUGAAGUUAUCAAGAUCGAAGAAUUUAUUAAAUUAAUUCCAUUCUACAACAAGGGUCAAAUUGAACUUUAUCUCUUAGAGGCCAUCAAACGUAAACUCAUUGGUGCCAGAAUUGACCACAAGGCUGGUGUUGUUCGUUUCGGACAUUACGAUUUUGACAGUGCUAAAAUCAGCGACCAACUUUCAAACAUUGCCUCAGGUGUUGGUAAAGCUCUUAAAAUGGUUGAACCAGAAAAGAAAGAACAACAACACAACAGAGUCAAAAAAGAAGUUUACGUUAAGAUCAUCAACUCACUCAAUGAUGAACAUCGUCGUAUUCUUGCCCGUAAAGAAAUUAUUGAAAAGAAAAAGAUCUAUAUGGAACAACAAGAACGUAUCAAAAAACAAAAAGAACAAGAGGAAACCUUAAAGAGAGCCCAAGAAAAAGCUUUAAGAGACCAACAACGUAUUCAAGAAGAUUUAGAACGUCGUGAAAUUGAACAACAACAACAACAACAACAAGUUAGCCAACUUGAUCAAACCAUCAAUGCUGUCGACAAGGCUAAGGUUGAAAUGAGAGCUAAGGUCGCCAAAAUCUCUAAACAAUUAUACAUUCUCGAACGUGCCUAUCGUGAAGAAGAAUUACCAGUCGUCGAAAAACUUCAAGAAGUUAAAAAAGUUGAAGACAAGGAAUACUUUGAAAAAACUCAAAAUGAUUACCUCCAAACCCACAAAUCUAUUCACGAUCGUAAUAUUGCUGAAAAGAAUCGUUUAAACAGAAUCGUUUCAGAUUAUCAAACCUUCACCCAACACAUCCUCGAAGAAAGAAAGAAACAACUCCCAGCUCUUCAACAAGAACAAGAAAAGAGAUUCCAAGAGUUCCUCAGACAACAAGAACAAGAAGUCGCUGAAAGAAAAGCCCAAAAAGAAGCUACUCGUAAAGCUGCUGCCGAAGCUAAAGCUCGUGAAGAAGAAGAAAAGAGAAGACGUGAAGAAGAAGAAAGAGCUGCUCGUGAAAAAGAAGAACAAGAAAGAAAGAAUGCUCCAUACGUUCCACCAUCAAGAAAGACCUUCGACGAUGACAGCGGUUCCGGAAGACCAUUUGGCGAUCGUGGUAACAGAGACAAUUGGGGUGAUGACCGUAGAGGUGGUUUUGGUCGUGAUGAUCGUAGAAGUGGUGACAGAGACAACUGGGGUUCACGUCGUGGUGGUGAUGAUGACCGUAGAAGCGGCGAAAGAGACAACUGGGGUUCACGUCGUGAUGAUGCUCCACCACAAAGAGGUGAUGGUGAAGACAGUUGGAAACGUGAUGAUGCUCCACCACAAAGAAGAGAAGGUGGUGUCUUUGGUCGUGAAGAACGUAGAGGUGAUGACCGUAGAGGUGGUUAUGGCCGUGAAGAACGUAGAGGUACCGACAACUGGGGUCGUCGUGAUGAAGCUCCACCAAGAAGAGAUGACAAUGAAGGAUGGGGUCGUCGUGAUGACGCUCCACCAAGACCAAGAGAAGGUGGUGCCUUUGGUAACAUUCGUCGUGGUGAUGAAGAUCGUAGAGGUGGUAACGAUAGUUGGGGUCGUCGUGAUGAUGCUCCACCAAGACCAACUAACGAUUCAGAUAACUGGAGACGUGACGAUACUCCACCACAAAGAAGAGAAGGUGGUGGCGGUGGUGCCUUUGGUAACACUCGUCGUGGUGAUGAUGACCGUAGAGGUGGUGAUAGCUGGAGACGUGGUGAAAAGAAAGACGAUAAAAAGAAAGACGAUGAUGGUUGGCAAACUGUUGGCCCAAAGAGAGGCAAUAAAUUCUAA